UGGUGCUGCCCAGUGUUUUAUAAGUUGGCAGCGGAGGCUCGGGACGUGGCGCAGGUCCCGAUGGCGGUCCUGGCGGCUGCGGCGGCCCUGGCGGCGGCCGAGCCUGCACCCGCAGUGCAGCAGGCGGCGGGGAGCGGGGGCCCGACCUCGCGCCGAGACUUCUACUGGCUGCGUUCCUUCUUGGCCGGAGGUAUUGCUGGAUGCUGCGCCAAAACCACAGUUGCUCCCCUGGACCGAGUGAAGGUUUUAUUACAAGCUCACAACCAUCAUUACAAACACUUAGGGGUACUUUCCACACUGCGUGCUGUUCCCCAAAAGGAAGGCUACCUUGGACUAUAUAAAGGAAACGGUGCAAUGAUGAUUCGGAUCUUUCCCUACGGUGCAAUCCAGUUCAUGGCCUUUGAGCAUUAUAAAACGUUCAUUACUACAAAGCUGGGAGUUUCUGGUCAUGUGCACAGAUUAAUGGCUGGAUCCAUGGCAGGCAUGACAGCGGUUAUCUGCACGUACCCUCUUGAUGUGGUCAGGGUGCGCCUGGCCUUCCAGGUGAAAGGAGAGCACACCUAUUCAGGGAUCAUCCAUGCCUUCAAGACAAUCUAUGCCAAGGAAGGUGGUUUCCUUGGAUUCUACCGAGGUCUGAUGCCUACUAUAUUAGGAAUGGCUCCAUAUGCAGGGGUCUCCUUCUUUACCUUUGGUACCUUGAAGAGUGUUGGGCUUUCCUAUGCCCCUGCCCUGCUUGGCCGACCUUCGUCCGACAACCCCAAUGUCUUAGUUUUGAAAACUCACAUAAAUCUCCUUUGUGGUGGUGUUGCUGGAGCAAUAGCACAGACGAUAUCCUACCCAUUUGAUGUGACCCGUCGGAGAAUGCAGUUAGGGGCAGUCCUGCCGGAGUUUGAGAAGUGCCUUACCAUGCGGGAGACCAUGAAGUAUGUCUAUGGACACCAUGGGAUUCGGAGAGGAUUGUACCGUGGCUUAUCUCUGAACUACAUCCGCUGUAUUCCCUCUCAAGCUGUGGCUUUCACAACGUACGAACUGAUGAAGCAAUUUUUUCACCUUAACUGAAAGAAAAAAAAUCAUGAUUUGUAGUUAUUUUCCUCAGUAAAUUCUCAGAAGGAUGUGUGUGUGUGUAUGUGUGUGUGUGCGUGUGUGUGUGUGUGUGCAUAUAUAUAUAUAUGAUACCUUAAUUGUGAAGGAAACAUUACUUGAAGGGGACAUUUGCCCUGACACAGGAACCACUGGUAUUUUAAUACUUGAUUUCUUUAAGGUUUUAAAUCAUAGAUCAAAAAUUCUUAGCAUAAUUUGUUUUUUUUCUUUUUGAUGGGAUCUCCAUUUGUUGCCCUGGCUGGCUUGGACCUCACUGUGGAGAGACCUUCUCUUUGUAGAGAGGCAAUGCUCUUGUCUUUGCCUCCCACAUUCUGAGAUUCCAGGCAUGGGUCACCAUGCCUGCUCCUACAUACUUAUUAAUGGCAAACGUUAUACCUUCCACCCUGAAAAGCCAUCUUGGGUAAAGUGUUAUUUGGAAGGAACAGAAGGUUCACAUUUGAGUUCAAGAGAUUGCCAUUAGUCCUACCAUACCAUUCCAAACUUUGCAUUGUAAUUGUGGUUACUGAGGGGGAGGGGCUGGAAUCAAACCCAGGGCCUUUGCAUGCCAAGCACAUGUACUCAUUAGGCCACAUCCCCAGCCUGCCAGCGCCAUGGCACUGAGCUAUGUCACUGGCCUCUUCCUUUCUUAACGUGGUGCUGGGGAUCAUACUCAUGCAUGCUGAUUGUGUAAUUUCACACUGCCAAUGGCCCACACCCCCAGCCCGCUAACCCCGCUCGUUAUUCCCCCUCCCACUCUGUCCCUUCUCUACAUGUUCUGGGGAGUAAACUCAGGGUCUCUCUGCCUAUCUUGCUAGAUAAGCGCUCUACCUCUGAACUACAUCUCCAGCCUUCUAACAUUGUGUAAUGUUAUUAAAACCAGCUGACUUCCUUUUAUUGUAGCAGAAGGAGAACUGAAUAUGUAAGGUCUGUGAAACAGAGCCAGCAACAAAGUAGUGUUCUUAUUAUGUUUCUCCUCAUAAUUCUUCUCUUCCAACUCUCUUUGGGGAUUGAGUCCAGGACGUUGUACAUGGCAGGCAUGAUGAGAUCCCAUCAGAAAGCCAGCUGUACACUGAGGUAUAUAUCCCCAGAUGUCCUUCCUUCUCAAUUAAGUUACUGUUGUAUUUGAAAGGAGAUUGUCAACAAAUGAAGAAAGUUCCAGGUCUUGUUCAAAUUCUAUUACCAUGGACUUUGAUUAUCACGAGUUUAAAAAGCCACUGUGUUUCCCAGAGAUGGUUAUGAUAAAGAUUAAAUAUCUUUGCCCUUAAAAGGAGAGUAGCAUUGUAGAUGCUUGUCUCAAAUAACUUGGUGUGUACUAGGAAAUUUAAAUGGACCAUCAGUUUAGAUGAAGCAAUGUUUCCCAGGUAUUAUGUCAAGAUAUAAGUUCUUCCAUGUAAUGUAAGUUUAGUGUGUCAUAGUCCUAAGCGUAAAUAUAAAACACAUUUUGAUUGUUACAUUUUAAAGAGGUUGUUUAGAAUAUAAGGAUUCUGAUCAUUGUGUUUAGAACACUUUUUUGUUGUAAGCAUGACCCAUGGAGUAGAAGCAUUAAACUGUCUCUAGAGGUAGUUAUUUGUAGAACUGAUAUGAUUUUUAAAACAUUAAAAUUAAGCUGCAAAUGUUAUUUCUUCAUUUUUUUCAUGUAUAUAAAGAUUUCUUGUCAUAUCUUGGAAAAAAUUGGAUGAAUUAGUUUCAUUUUUAUAAUCUUUAUUUUAAAAAUAAAAAUGUAUCUUUUGAUUUGUAAAUGUACCAGGAGUGGGGAUAAGUCUGUUUAUAAAGAUCUUUUGUAUAUUUUAAUUUCUGGACCACAUUGUAGCUAACUAUUCCAUUCAAUCUUAAGGUAAUUUAAAUCUAUAAAAUAAAUAUCUCAAUUAUAUUAUCAAUAAAGAAAACUGAAAAUA